GCCGGGAACCGGAGACUAUAUUAGUUCCGAGCUCUAACAUUUUAACUCAGUAAAGGCAGCUCUAUAUAUUGAUAAAAGGGGAUUUCUUUGCCGGAUUUACUUUAAAGCUAAUAAUGAAGAUGUCACGUUUCAGUCUUAAAUUUCUCCUGACCCUGGUAUUUGCCACCGUCGUGCUGGCUGUCCAUUCUACAGAGUGGCCGAAAAGCUCACUGUCCAAUGAACUGGAAGCAUCUGGCAGCUAUACUGUAGAUGAUGAAGAUGAUGACUUUUACUCUGGUUCCGGUUCUGGUGAUGGCUUUAUGCUGGAAAAAAGCUAUUCUACUGCAGAGUAUACAAAAACAGUGCCCUCAACAGCUCCAAGCAGUUCACACUACUCAAGCCAAGUACCUGUAACUGAGAUCUCAAGCCAAGAUGUGUUGAAAGAUUUAAGCACAGUGCAAGUACAUCCUGAUGUGUUGGUUUUUAACACCACUACUGACACAACAUUGACCACCACCCCUAUGUCUUCCACUACUGUUUUGAAAAACUUUUUUGAGCCUGUUCCUGAAUUCACAGCUAAUAAUUUCCAGCCACGGGAUGCUAACGCCAACUAUGACACUACUGCUACUGUUUCUCAAAUGCAUACAACUAGAUCUAACAUUGCACCCAGGAUACUUAACCAUGCAACUACUGUCAUCAAAGAAGAAUCCUCUACUGUGUCAAGUGUGAUUGCAGCAAAUGAAAUAACUACAACAGGACUAACGGAAGAUAAUGAAACUCAAGAGGAUGCAACAAUAAUAGUGGAUUUUGACAGUCAAACAGAGGACUAUUUCAUCAGUGAUGUUAAGAAAGAAACUUUCGUAAACGCUAAGCCAAGUUUAGGCAAACCAGCAGAAGACAUCUCGCCUGAUUACAAUAGAUCUCUGAGUAUUUUGGAAAGGCGUGAAUUAUUGGCAGGUGCUGUUGCUGGAGGACUCGUGGGACUCAUGAUUGCUGUUUUGCUGAUAGUAGUGUUGGUAUAUCGAAUGAAGAAAAAGGAUGAGGGAAGCUACACAUUGGAUGAAUCUAAGCAACCUAACGGAGGGUACCAAAAGCCACAAAAGCAAGAGGAGUUCUAUGCCUAACUCAGUCUUACAAGUUCUGCAUCAUUCUUUUAUGCCAUAAGAUCAAGUUGUAUUUUUUUCCUUUCUUUUCGCCUGCAUUACAAAAUGAAUCGGAAAACUGCCAUUCUAAUCUUGAUCUCUGCGAUAAUUGUACUUUCUGACAUUUUUGAGACAGGCAGAGAUAAUGUACUUGUUUAAUGGGAAAUAUUGCAAUUUGGCUUCUUAGGCAAGAAGGUUUAGUUAAACUUUCACUUCAGUUUUUAUAUUCUGGUAGAUAACAAAGUUAGGCUUUAAUUUGAAUAAAAAAAGUUGGGCAUCUACAAUACUAAGUUGUAAAGCUGCAAAAUGUCUACACAUGUAAAUUUUUGUAAUGUAAAAAUAUUUACUAAAUGGGAGGGAUGGAAGGCGACAGAGAUACUGAUGUGAUUUCAAACUAUAUGAAAGCUUAUGAUAUGUAUCUAAUUAUAUAGGUAUAUAAUACAGAGAAGACUGUGCUUGGCUAUGCAUUUGUUUAUAUUUUGUGUUGUAAAAUGUUAUUAACUGAGAACAUGCAUUACCUUUUUAAAGAGCUGAUAUAUGAAUUGAUAUACUAAUUUUAACAAUUUCUCUGGGUUUUUUUUGACAAUUGAAGGAUUAAUUGGAAAAUUAUGUCCUUAUCAAAUUGUCCAAUUAAUCAAAAUAGGAUGGCAGGAACAGCUGACAUUUUCUUGAGUUACAUUUUUUUUAAUCCUGAUGUUUUUCAGCUUCAUUCCUGUCAUCAUUAUGUUUAUUGUAAUAUAACUAGUCAUUGAAGCACCUGAUCUAUUUUAAAGAGCUGGAUCUCAAAGUUUGUAUAAGAUGCAGUAGUUCUUGGAUGAUCCCUCCCAACUCCACCACCAUUUUGCACAGGCAGGUUUUUUUUAAAAUUCCUGAACUUCACUUUUCUUGGUGAUAUAACUUAACUAAAUAAAGUUGAUACAUUUUUUUCAGUUAUACCUUUUGUCUGCUUACUGUAAGUAUACUGUAAUUUCCUAAUCUAGCAAUACAGCUAGUUUAUGCUGAGACUUUGAAAGGUCUGCAAACAGAGUCAUUUACUGAAUGUGACAAGCAAAGAAGAAGUCAAGCACCUUUCUGUAUAGAUGGAUAUAUAAGAGUGGAACCUUGAACUGUGUUGGAGAGGUUUCUUUUUCAACUGCCUCCCCAGUUCCUAAAAAAAAUUAAUAUGCAUGAUGAUUUCCUGAUUUUUUUUCUUAUCAACGUCAUGCAUUUUGAAGCUGUCAUGAAAUUGUGAGCAAAUGAUUUAUUAAGUAAACAGUGGUGUGUGCCUCAUGGUUCCAGCUAGUCCACUUAAUUUAAAUUAGGCUGUGAAAUUGAGCUGUAUUCACAACCUGAUCCCUCUGCAGGAUGAGAUCUGCAGAACACUUCUAAGGUAACAAAGAUUAAAACAUACAAAUUUUUUUUGUACAACAGAAAUAGUAGUCAAUUUGAGGAUUGAACCAUUUGUAACUACCAAAAAAAGGCUAGUUAUCAAAAGAUUUGGUUAAACAUAGGGAUCGUCACUUAGUGAUUAAUUCCUUCAGUGUUGAAGUAUGUAUGAUGGUUUCUAUUUAUUACCUGUGCUAUUUCUAUAUGUAUCAAGCAAUAAAAACACUUUGGCACACUAACUACUGCAAUUUGGCCACUGUUCUGGAUUUUUUUGUGUUUCUUAAAGCAUUUGCAGGAGGAAAUAUCUUCAUGGAAACUUAAAAUUGAUAAUAUAAACUGGUGUAGAUCGGUAAAGCAUGUCAGGUUUCUGGAAAUUUUAUCUGAUGUAAGCAGUAUCUAAAUUGCAAGCGUGCUGUGGAUCUUACCCAUUGGUUGCUGCAAGGAUGAAAUUUGGCCCAGCUUGGAAAUGUCUCAGAACAGACUGUCUGUAAAGCCAUGUGAUAAGUGAUUUGAAAUGUUACCACUGUACCAAAUAAGCCGAGGAGCAAAAUUUUGUUUUUAAACU